AUGACGGAUAGUUCAUCGGCUUCGAAUUUUGAUAAUUAUAUUAUUGAAUUACAUGAAAAUCUUGAUCGUCUUCGUGACAUGUCAGAUGUUGAUGAGCAAUCAUCAAUAAUUGUUGCUGAUCUUGCACAAGCUUAUUCUGAACAUCCAUCACCAAUGCAAACAGCUAUGUGUUUAUCAGCUUUAUUUUGUGGUCAAAAGAAUAUUCUCACAUUUCUUCGACGUUCAUCGUCAAAAACUGAAUUAAAAAAAACUAAAGUUGAAAUUCUACAAUUUCUAAAAUUUUUUGUUGAAAGUGCCGGUGUAAAAAUUUUACCACAUGCUAUUGAACUUAAAACAGUUCUAUUAACAAUUUUUAAUGUCGAUAAUGCAUCUGAUGUAAGAGCAACUAUAUUUCCUGUUUUAUCACAAUUAAUGGAAUUAAGUGCCGGUUCUUCAGAUAUGCAAAAUGAAGUUGAUAAAAUGGCUACAAUUUUUCUAGAUCAAAUUGGUCUUCAAAGUUCAAAAGCGACAGCAACAAUCAAAGGAUUGUGUUUAGCGUUUCUCGGUCUAUUAUGUAAAUUUUUUCCAGAACAUAUGAAAAAAUAUGCAGAUCCACUUUUACUUGGUCAAUAUUUAAAAUAUUUACACGAACAAUUAGUCAAAGAUGUUAAAUUUGAAAUGUUAAUUGCGGCAGGUGCAAUAGAAGGUCUUGUUAAUUAUCUUGUAAAUUUUACUCCAUCAUCAACACCUGCUAAUCCACCACCACCUAUAGUACGAAGUAAAACUAAAGAAGAUGAAAAACGUUAUAAUGAAGAACGAAUACGUUGUGAAUCAGAUUUAAAACGUAUUUAUAUUUAUGCAGCACGAGCAAUACAAACACAAGAUCAAACUAAUUUAAAUCGAUAUGCAUUAGUUAAAGCUGGUCUUGAAUUAUUUGCACAACAUUCAACAUUAUUUACUGAAUAUCUUUAUGAAGAUUAUCCUGAAAUACUUCGAUGUAUACGAGCAUGGAAUGCACAUGAUAAUUAUGAUGUAAAAAAAGUAGCUCAACGUGCAUAUGAUACAUUUUUACUUGGAGUUGCUAAUGCAUUAAAAGAAACAAAUGUUAAAACACCAGAAGAACGUCGUCGUGCUGUACAAGUUUUUCAAUAUUUUAUUAAAGAAUUUCGAGAUAAAAUUGAUACACCAGAAUUAGAAAUUCGAGAUUUAGCAAUGGGAAUUCGUGGUUAUGGAAUUUUUGCUAAUGCUUGUAAACUUUAUGGUACAGAAGAAGAUAUUAAAUUUAUGUUUGUUGGUCUUAUUCAACGUUGUGAACAAAUAGCAAUGCCAACAGUAACAUUAUCACAAGCAAUGGAUAUAUUUGAUGAACGUUUUUAUGGAUUACCUAAUUUAAUUGAUGCACUUUCAGCUAUUAUUAUUGAAAUGACAAAUAUUGGUGAAGAAUUUCUUGGUCCACUUGAACGUUUAACUGUAAUGACAAUUGAUUAUUAUCCACGUUAUCAACCAAAACCACAAGCAACAACAUGUUCAUCUGUUAUUAAAAUGAUUUUAGCUUUACAAACAAAACCAAAUUCAUAUAAACCAUUUUUAUCACGAAUUGUAACUCAAACACUUAUUCGUUGUUGUUCACAUCCAUUAAAAUCAACUGUUGAACAACAAUUAGAAAAUUAUGAACCAGAUGUAUCAGAAGAUAAACUUAAAUCUCUUUUAUCAAUUGGAAAAACAAUUACAUAUGAAAAUUAUCUUCCAUUAUGGAGAUCAAUUUUAAGUGUUACUUCAUUAAAAGAAUUCGAUACAAGUGCAUAUCCAAUAUUUGAUCGACAAAAUAUGCUUGUAUCAUUAUAUGAUGAAAUUAUUGAUUCAAUUUUACAUAUUAUUGAUCGACUUGAUUUAAGUGUUGAAAAAGAAAAAGCAGAUGAUGAAAAUAAUGAUGAAAUUGCAACGAGUGAUCCUGUUUUUGGUAUGCGACCUGUAAAACCAAUGGAUUUUCAAAUAUUCUAUAAUCUUGUCGAUUUUUGUCAAGACUUAUUACCAGAUCAAACACCAGAAUUAUUUCAAAAAUGGAUAUUUCGAUUUUUAUAUGAUAUUAUUGCUACAUCAACAAAAUAUCCAUUAGUUAGUGGUAUAUAUCGAUUUGCUACAUUAAUUAUGAAUAUUUGUUUAAAACUUGAUUAUUUUAAAUCAAAUCGUUCUGUAGAAACAACAACAACAACACGUGCUGGUAUUGAAAUGAUGGAAAUUGAUAUAAAUGAAAAUGAACAAAUUACAGCUGUUUGUUCACUUGUUCGACGAUUUGCUCAUGAAGUACUUUCUCGUCAAAAACAAUAUCGUGAUGAUUUACUUGUAUCAUGUUUACAAUUUAUUAUUUCAUUACCAUCAGAAUGUAUUGAUUAUGAUUUUGCUGAUUAUGUACCAGCUAUUCAACUUGCGUUAAGUAUUGGUUUAACUUAUUUACCAUUAGCUGAACAAACAAUAAAUAGUCUUGAACGAUGGUCAAAAUCAAUAUCAUUAAAUUUACCGAAUUUUUAUAAUCAAAUAUUACCUUAUCUUGAUGAUUUUCUUCGUUUAUCAUAUGAUCAAGGUGAUGAUGUUAAUGUUCGAGCUGUUGUUUCAUCAUUACAAGAAAAAACACGUUUAAAUUCGAAAACUAAACGUGUUUUACCAACACGAAUGCUUAAAAAAACUAAACAAAUAAAACAUCUUUUUGAAGAUAGUGAUAUUCGUCGUGUACAAUUUCGUAUUUUAAAAUAUCUUGGUUCAUUAGGCAAUCGUAUAAAUCAUUAUCUUAUUGAUGAUACUUCAAAUCAUUUAAUAAAAGAAGCUAUAGCAUGGGAUAAUGAAAAUCAUAUAACAUUUCAUGUACCAUUUGAUGAUAUAAAACCUAUUAUUCAUCUUGAUAUAUUUCUACCUCGUAUUGUUGAUUUAGCAUUACAUAGUUCUGAUCGUCAAACAAAAAUUACUGCAUGUGAAUUACUUCAAUCAAUAAUGCUUUAUAUGAUUGGAAAAAGUGCAAAUAAUCGAAGUAGUGCAGCGGCUUCUUAUGAUAAACUCUAUGAACAUUUAUUUCCUGCUAUACUCGAAUUAUCUUGUGAUUCAGAUACAUUUACAAAAACAUUAUUUACAACAUUUAUGAUUCAAAUGAUACAUUGGUUUACAAAAAAUCAAAAUUAUGAAAAUCCUGAAACAAUGUCAAUGCUUGAUACAUUUAUGAAUGGUAUGAUAUCUGGUCGUAAUGCAUCAAUACGUGAUUUUAGUGGAAUUUGUCUAAAAGAAUUUCUUAAAUGGACUGUUAAACAUGCUGGUGGUUAUGAUAAAUCAUCUUAUUUAAAAAAUGCUACAUCAAUUCUUAAACGUAUUCUUAGUUUUUCAUUACAUCCAAAUAGUUUUAAAAGACUUGGAUCAACAUUAGCAUGGAAUUCUAUAUAUACACUCUAUCGUGAAUCAGAAACAUUAGUUGAUAUUUAUACUCUUCAAUUACUUUAUGUAUUUGUUGAAAGUUUAGCAAUUGCUCAAGAAGAUGAUCCAUCUUUGGGUACACAACAACAAGCAAUAGGAGCUUUAUCUCAUAUAGAACGAAUAAUAAAAGAAAAAGCAAAUUUAUUUAUUAAAGAAACACCAAAACGACAUCGUCCACCAUCAUGGGCUGAAGCAUCACUUGAUGUUACUAUUCGAUGGUUACUUCGGCAAUGCGGAAGAAUUGAAACAGAAUCAAGAAGAAAAUGUAUUGAACUUGUUUGUACAUUUAUUCCACUUUUACCUGGUAUUCGAUCAAUACGUGAAUAUUUUGAUUUAAAAAUUAAAUCCGAAGGAAAUAUUUAUUUUAUUGAAAGAUUUGAAGGUACGAUUAGUAAAGAUAAAAAAACAAGAUUUAAAGCAAGUUUAGCAAAUCAAGCAUGUUUAACUGAUAUAAGUGAAACAUUUUCUCUUCCAAUUGUCUAUCAAUGGCUUGAUACACUUAUUGCUUCAUUAGAUUGUUAUACAUGGGUAUUUUCACAAGGUUUUCUCAAUCCUCUUCUAUUUCAAGACAACAAUCAACAAAGUCGUUUGAUUACAUCAUUAUCAUACUUUAUAUCAAAAAUAUCGAUGAAUACAUUACAUAAUAUAGUUAGUUAUUUUCCAGCUUCGAGUCAAUCAUAUGUAUUUACUCCAAAUGAUGUUCGUCAAUUUGAUACUGCGAAAUGUACAGUGAUUGUUCGUCUACUUAAUUUUAUUACAGCAAUAUGGUCAAAAUAUCCACAUGAUACAAAACGUGCAAUUGAUAGUUCAUUUUAUAGUAAUGAUUUAACAAAAUUAAUUUUAACUUGUGUAUUUAAUCCAACACAAAUUGGAUUUGAUAUUAAUAAUGAAGAAAUUAAUAAAAAAUUACCAGAACGAAUUUUAAUUCUACUUAAAUCAAUGACAACUCAUCUACCUGAACAAUUACUACAACCAUUUUAUAGUAAUGCACUCCAAAUGACAAAAUCCGACGGAAUGUACAAUUUAACAAAUGAACUCAAUAUGAAUCCUGUUCGUUGGUCACUUAUAUUUACCAUUACUCGUGGACUUCGUCUUUUAUAUGAGGUUCGAUUAUUAGCUAAACCAAAUCAACCUGAACAAUAUGCUAAAGAACUUUGGACAACAAUGCUAACAAAAAUGAUUACACAUGAAGAAGAUUUUGAUAAAGCAAAUCUUGUUUUAACUAUUGAUAAUCAACGUGGUUUACAAGCUCUAUUUGAUUAUAUUAUUUAUUUAGGCAUUAAGCCUAAUGAAGUUUUACCAUACUUUUUUCAAUCAAAUCGUAUUCAUACUGAUUCUGGUAUGGCAACAGUUGGAACUUAUUUAUUAACAUUAUUUAAACAUCAAAUAACAAGUUGGCUUGGUACAACACCACAUUUUAUUAUAAAUAAUAUUGGUGAAAUAAAAACAGUUGAACAAUGUCGUUUAAUUGUUUCUUUUCUAAGCGUUGUUCUUGAUUUAUGUAGUCGAGAAAAAGAUAUACGUCAACAAUAUGGUCGACAAUUUGUUGAUGGUAUAUAUACAUGUUGGUCAUUAUUUGUUCCACUUUAUCGUUCAACAAAUAUUGAUGAUAAACUAUUAAUUGUAACAUUAUUAACAAAAACAUUUAUUAUUGAUAGUCGUUUAUUAAUAAAACAUGAACAAUUUGAUCAUAUAUCACAAAUGUAUUUAUCAUUAUUAAUUGAUAAACAAUUAAAUUUAACAUUUAAAACACGUUUACUUGAUUUAUUACCAUUUUUUGCAUCACUUGAUACAGAUGAUGAUUUAAAUGAAGAUAAACGUAAAAAAUGGUCUGAUGAUUUUUGUCGUACAUUACAUACAUUUACAGCUGAUUGUUUUCCAUUAAAAAGUACUGAAUUUCAUAAAGGUACACAAGAAUAUCAUGAUUAUCAAGGUGCAAUAAGAAAAAUAUUAUUAGCACUUGAAUUAUCAUCAUCAUUUAUAUUAUUUGAAUUAUUAAUAUGGAUGUUAUGUUGUGAACAACAUCAUAUAUUUGAAGAUGAAAUAUUAUCAUCAAUAAAUCGUUUUAUAAUUAAAUUAAAUGAUCAUAAUAAACAAAUGUAUUUACUUGAUUAUAUUUAUUCAAUAUUAUAUGGACAAAAUUUAUUAUUUCGUAUUGAACAUCGUUUAAAUGCAUUAGAAAAAUUUAUAUUAAAAAUAUUAACAUCAGUUAAUAAGUCAACAUUAAUUGAAUUUUAUAAAAAAUAUAUAUCAGUAUUUGUUAUUGAACAACUUGAUAUUAAAAUUGAUUUAACAUUAACAACAAUAACAUCAAUAUUAAUAAAUAAAAUAGCAACAUAUCGUUUUAUUGAUUAUAUGUAUACAAUAUUAAAUAAAGAUGAUGUUUUUGGUUUAAAUUCUUUAAUUGCAAAAAUUUUUUAUGAAACAGUUAAAAAACAAGAAGAAGCAAGAAAAUUAUUAAAUAUUGAAAUGCCAAUAACAUUAAUUAAAAUAGGUUCAACUAUGGAUGGUAAAGAAUUAACAAAAUAUAUUAUUGCACGUGCUCGUGCACAAUUUAUUGAUGGAAAAAUAAUUAAAUCAAUGGAAAACAUGUUAAAUAAUGUAACAACUAUAGAAAAAGAAAUGAAAAUGAAUUUAAUUCGUUUAUUAGCAAUGAGUUCAUUUAAUUGUCUUAUUUCAGUAUUAAUUUGUACACAAACAGAAGCUAAACUUUAUAAAGCUUUUAUUUUUGAUGCCAAUCCAUCAAAGGACGAAUAUAUCUUUGAAAAUAUAAUCGAUCCAGAUUAUAAAUAUAAAUUUCCUCUUGAACUUGAACAUUAUUAUAAAAAAGAUAAACGUACAUUAUUAAAUAUUCUUUGUAAAAAAAUUCUUACAUCAUCAAAUACUGAUAAUCAAUAUUAUCAACAACGUUCAUCAAUAACACCACGUUAUUUACCAUCUCAAUAUUUAUUUGGUAGUAGUUUAACUGAUGAAUUAGCUCUUUUUGAUUUUACAUCUGUUGUUGCUAGUCAACAACAAAAUGAUUUAAAUAAAAAUCAAUUAAAUUCAUUUACAGAAAAUUCUUUUGAAAUAUCAUUUAAUAAAAAAAUUGAUGAUAGACCAGCAUUAAUCGAAGAUACAGAUAAUAAUUAUGGAAUAAAUUUUAUUGAAAUUGAAAUGGAUGAACUUAAUUUACAUCCAUGUAUGAUACCAAUGAUAUGUUUACUUAAACAUAUGGAAACAAAUGGUAUAACACCAAUACAAUCUGAUAUGCCACCAUGGAUGAUUUGUUUAUAUAAAAAAUUUAGUGAUACAACAAUAAUAUUUAAUAUAAAAUUAUUUAUUAUGCGUCUUAUUAUACAUACACAUACAAUAUUUAAACCUUAUGCACGUUAUUGGUUAACACCAAUAAUUCAUAUGUGUAAUCAAAUGUUUGAAAAAUCUUCUGAAGGUUUAAAUACAUUUAUUAUUGAUACAAUUGUUAUAUUAUUAUCAUGGAAUUCUAUAGCUAUACCAAGUGAACUUGAUAGAAUAGCUGUACAACGUUUAUUAGAAUAUUUAUUUCUUAAUUGUACACAUAAAAAUUCAUUUGUUAUGAAAACAAAUUUAGAUUUAAUUAAAAAAUUAAUUGAAUUAUGGAAUGAACGUAUAUAUGCACCAACAUUAAUUAUAUAUAAAUUAAUAUCUGAUCAAGAUAUUAAAUCAAAACAUAAUGCUAUAGGUUUAUCAUUAAUUGGUAUAUUAUUAGCAAAUAAUAUUUUACCUUAUAAUGAUAUAAAUGAUUUAAAUGAAGAUAAAUUUAAUGAAACAUUAUUAAAAAAUAUGAAAAAUUCCUUUCGUAAUAUUUAUGCUGCAGCUGCUGAAGUUAUUGGAAUGUUAUUAAAUAUUAAAAAAUUAAAAGGUCAAUCAAAUGAACGUUUAUUAGAACAAUUAAGUUUUAUAUUAAAAUGGCAUAGUAGUCAACCUAUACAAGAUACAUAUGUAACAUGUAUUUAUUCAUUACAAAAACAUUAUCCUGAAAUUGUUGAUAAAACUAUUAUGAAUAAAUUAAUAUUUAGUUUAAAAAAAUUAUAUGGAGAUUUUAAAAUAGAAUGUUUAGAAGCAAUGAUUGCAAAUAUUACAGAAUUUGAUUUUGCUUAUUUGGAAUUAAAAGCAGCUGGAAUACUUGAUAUUCUUAUUCAUAAAGAUUUUAGUAUUCGUAGUGUUGCAUUACGACUUUUACAUAAACUUUUACCAAAAUUAACACAUGAACAAUUAUUUGAAAUAGCACAAAUAUUAUCUGUUGAUGGUCCAAAUGAAUGUCAAUAUUGGACACUUGAAAUAUAUAAAUGGAUGUAUGAUUAUAUAACACAAAAAAUAACAAAUGAAUUAGAUAUUUCUUUAAAAUCAAUAUCAGAAAAAUUUUAUCAUCAAGUACGUGAACAAUUACUUCAAUUAUUAUCAAGUAAAAAUGAAUUUAUACGUGUUAAUUGUCGUAAUUUUUGGUGUGAUCCAAAACGUUUAAGUAUAUCAUCAAAUCAUCGUCUUAUUGCAUUAGUUGAUCAAUUAUAUUCAAUAAAAACUGAAAAUGAAUAUUUAAAUUAUUGUACAAAUUUUCUUCUUGAACGUACAACACAUAAUCCUGAUUAUAAUCGUUUUAUUUUCGAAAAUCCACUUGAUAAAUGUAUAUUUCAAGAAUUUCCAUUAGUAUGUAAUUGGCGUCAACAACAUCAUACAUAUAUGACACCAUUAUUUACAUUACAAUCUCAAACUACAAAUGAUCCAAUAAAUACAAAUAUAAUGACAAUGGAUCCUGUUCAUUUUAUGCAAACAUUAACAGAUAAUAAUAAUAAGAUUGAUCAACAACAACAAAAUUUAACAACAACAGGAAUGCUUUUACAAACACAAGAAAUAUCUAAUCGACAACAAUUUAUUCCAACACAAAUUUUAGAUAAUAAUAAUAUAAAUUAUAAUUGGCUUAAACAAACAAAUACAUUUGAUACAUCAAAUACAUAUGUUUUACCAACAUUAUUAACACAAAAUAAAGAAACAUCAUUAUUAGUUAAUGUUGAAAAUAAAAAUCAAAAAUUACAAAAAAAUUUAUUAUUAAUAAAUCAAUUUAAUAAAAAUGAAAAUAAUAAUAAUGAUAAUGAUAAUGAUGAUAUAUUUCGUCUUAAACGACGAUUUCUUAAAGAUACAGGUAAAUUACAUAGUUAUUUUGCACGAAAACAAAAUGAAAAAAAACAAAAAGAAAAACAAUUUCUUAAUGAUAUUAAACUUAAACAAGAAAAUCAAGUUGAAAAAUAUCGUACAUAUCGUAUUGGUGAAUUACCUGAUAUACAAAUACGUUUUAGUGAUAUUAUUAUACCAUUACAAGCACUUUCACAAUAUGAUAAUCAUAUAGCACGUUUACUUUAUUCAAAUUUAUUUAUAUCAAUAUUAAAUUCACUUGAAGAUAAAUUAUCUAAUGAUGAAUAUAUUGAAUUAAUUGAAACAAUUCAACAUCGUUUUAAUAUAAUGUUAUCUCAAUCAGAAAUAUUUUAUCCAUCAUUUAUUAUAUCUUUACUUGAUAUUAUUUUAUCUAAAUCAAAACAAAUUAAAAUUUUAUCACAAUAUAUAAGUACAUCAGUUAUAUCUAGUCAUUUAGAACCUAUUGGUAUAUUAACAUUAGAAUGUUUUAUUCAUUUAAAUCAAACAAAUGAAUUAAAUGAAUUAAUAUAUGAAUCUGUUAAAAAAAAAUUUAAAUCUGAUUCUAAUUUAAAUAAAAAUAUUGAUUAUUGGCUUGAAUUAGCUAAAUGUUAUCGUUCAAUAACAAAUUAUGAUGAUGUACGUGGAAUAUUUUAUCAAAUAUCAUCAUUAAAAUCUUUAACAUUAAAAGCUAUUGAAGAAGAAAGUCAUUCAGAUUUUUUAUCAGCAUUAAAUAGUUAUGUAACAGCAUUAGAACAAUAUCCAUUAACAGAUGAUACUAUAAAUGAUACAGUUUUAGAAUUAGAACAUGAAUUUUGGACACAAUCUAUGUUAAAUUGUUGUAAUCAAUUAAAUAAUUGGACAAUUAUGUCUAAACAUAUAUUUAUUGCUAAUACAACAUUUGAUACAUUAUGGUCAAAUGCAUAUCAAUUAAAUUAUUUAAUGCCAUAUGCUAUACGUGCUAAACUUAAAUUACUUAUAUCAGGUACUGAACAAGAACAAUUAGAACAAGAAGGUCUUUGUCAAUUUUUUAAUAAUUUAUCAACAACAACAAAUGUUACAACAACAUCUGAUUCAGAAACAACAUUUGUUAAACGUUCUUAUAUUGAAAAACAAUAUCCAUUUGAAUUAGCUACAUUCUUUCUUUAUCAAAAAGAUUUUGAUCGUUCAAAAUAUUAUAUUCAAUAUGCUAAAGAACAAUUUUUACUUCGUUGGUCACAAUUAAGUCGUUUAAGUGAAUAUGGUCGUAAAACAACAAUACAAUUAAUACAACCAUAUCAUGAACUUGAUCAAUUUCUUAUUUUUAUUGAACAUAAUUUACCUUUACUUAAAACACUUGAAAAUCGUUAUUUAACAAAUAAUAAAAAUGAUACAAUAACUCGUGAUCUAUUUCAUGAACGUAUACAUAAUGAUUUACUUUCACAAUGGCAAUUACCUGAUGUUAUUCGUAGUUCAAUUCCAAUAUGGGAUGAUAUUAUUACUAAUCGAUCUUUAUUUUUAGAUAUUCUUGAUGAAUUAGUUGGUGGACCACGAAUGACAUUUACAAGUCGUUUAAAAGCAUUAGAAUUUGAUCCAAUACUUAUUGAUUAUAAAGUUCAAUUAUCACUUGAUAUGGCAUAUUGUGCAUUACGACAACGUAAUUUUAAAUUAUCUUUAACAAAAUUAAAUGAUACACGUAAUCGACUUGAUUUAUGUCAAAAUUCAUUAAUAAAAUCAAUUUAUUGGAAUGAAAUCUAUUGUGAUGUACAUUUAAAACGUCAUCAAAUACAAUCAUCAAUAUCAACAUUAUCAAGUUUAUUAUCAACACUUGUUGCUAAAGAAUUAAAAAAGAUGGAAACAAAAAUAAAUGCAUUAGAUAUUAUUGAUGAACAAACAGCUUCAUUAAAUUCAACAUAUAUACAAUUAAAUUCACAAUUUUCUCGUACAGUUAUUGAUUUUUUACUUGCACAACCAAAAGCUUAUUUUAAUUAUGAAAAUGAUGAUAAAAUUUCUCAAGCUAAACAUCGACAAUUAGAAAUAUAUUUAUAUGGUUUUGAUGAUCAUACAACGAAUAUACAAGCAGCAGAUUUAUUAAUUAAUGAAUUAUUUAAUAAAAGUGUUAAUAUAUUAAAAACUAAUAUUGAAAAACAAGAAACAAAUUUACAAAAUAUAUCAACAAAUAUUCGUCUUGCUAAAGAAAAUGUUCUUAGUCGUGAUUAUAAUGAAUUAGCAAGUCUUUGUGAUGAUUAUUUACGUCGAUAUGAAAAUAAUGAAGAUGAAAAUCAUUUAAUGCAAAAUUUAUUUUCUAGUAAUAAUAGUAAUAAAAUUGCAGAUAUAAUUGUUAAAUCUAUUCUAUCAUCAAUGAAAUAUGGUUCAAAUGAAGGUGUUAAACGUUUUUCACGUUUAUUACAAAUAAUUGAAUUAUAUCCAAAUACAAUGGAAUCUAUAAGUAAUCAUUUACAAGAAAUUCCUUGUUGGAUGUUUUUUGAUUGUUUAUAUCAAAUAACAGCAUAUUUAGAUAAACCAAUAGGUCUUAAAUUAUAUCCACUUAUUGAACAAAUUGUUAAACAAUAUCCUCAAUCAAUUGUUUAUCCAUUUAAAUUAAGUUAUGAAACACUUCAAUAUUCAACAAAUGAUCCAAUAUUAAAACAUAAUCUUGAAAUAAUACGUCAAAAAUUAGAUCGUCAUACACCACUUGUUAAUGAAUUUAUUCAUGCAUUAAAUCAAUUAAAUCCUCAACAAGAAUAUGAAUAUUGGUGUAAAGAAUUAUAUCAAUUAUUAACAAAUGAUCGAAAUAUACGAGAUAUAAAUAAACUUAAAAAUCAUUUAAAAAAAUUUAAAGAUAUACUUUUUUCUGAUAUUAUUAAUUCUGAUGAAAUUAAUAAUGAACAUUUAAUAACAACAAUAACAUCACAAGAUAGUGUUUUUAAUGAUGAUAAAGAUCAACGAUUAAAUAAACCUCGUUUAACAUCAAUACGUUUUCAAUUUAAAAAUACAGUUGAAAAAGAUUUAGAUAAUUUAUUUGGUAAACAAGGUGAAUUAUUUUCAACGGUUUUAUUAACAGAUAUUAAACCUAUACUUAUUAAUCUUGGUACAAAAUUAAAAUCUAUAUCACAAGAUAAAACAAAUAUAAAUGAUUAUUCAACAUGGUUUUCAUUAACAUUUCGACAACAACAUCGUAUAUUAGGUACACCAUCUAUACGUGAAAUUGAAAUACCAGGUCAAUAUACAAGUAAAAAAAAACCAUUAAUUGAACAUCAUAUUAAAAUAGUUGGUUUUGAUGAAAAAAUUUUGGUUUUACAAUCAUUAAGAUUACCUAAACGUAUAACAAUACGUGGACAUGAUGAAAAUGAUUAUCGAUUUUUAAUUAAAGGUGGUGAAGAUAUACGACAAGAUCAACGUAUUCAAGCAUUAUUUUCAAUUAUGAAUGAUCUUUAUGAUAAUGAUCCAAAUUGUAAUCAAUCAAAUUCAGCACAUAUUACUGUACAAACUUAUAAAGUUAUUCCAAUGUCAACAAAAUUAGGUAUGAUUGAAUGGCUUGAUAAUACACGUCCAUUAAAAGAACUUAUUGAAACAAGUUAUACACAAGCUGAACAUGAUAUUAUUUCACAAGGUCAACAUCCAAGAAAACUUUAUCAAGAUUAUGUUACAAAUGUAUUUCAAAAAGCUAAACCAACAGCUAAAUCAACAAGUAAUACAAUUAUGUAUGCUGAAUUAUUUAUUAAUUUAACAAAAACACAAGUACAAGAUGAAUUUAAUAAAAUUCAAUCAAUUAUACCUAGUGAUUUACUUCGACGUGCUUAUUAUAAAAUGGCUAAUUCACAUGAAGGAUUUUAUACAUUACGUAGACAAUUUAUUACAAGUUAUGCUGUUUUAUGUACAAGUCAUUAUAUACUUGGUAUUGGUGAUCGACAUCAAUCAAAUUUUCUUAUUGAUAUAACAUCAGGACAAGUUAUUGGUAUUGAUUUUGGUUCAGCAUUUAAUGCUGCAACUAUUCAUUUACCUGUUCCUGAACUUAUACCUAUUCGUUUAACACGACAACUUAUUCAAUUAAUGUCACCAAUUGGUACUAAUGGUCUAUUUCGUGCAACAAUGAUUCAUACAAUGAAUGCAUUACGUGAAAAUUCUGAUUUAUUACUUAGUACAAUGGAUGUUUUUAUUAAAGAACCACUUAUGGAAUGGAUGGAACAUGCACUUAAAACAAGUAAACAAAUUUCACAAAAUGAAUCACCUACAAUUCGUUCUGAUGAUACAUAUGCUAAAGAUCGAAUAAAAAGUGCACGAUUAAAACUUAAUGGUAUUAAUCCAUCAGUUAUUACUGGUUCUGAUCUUAAAUUAAAUAAUUUUCUUCGUCCAUCCAGUUUGAAAGAAGCACUUCGUCAAAUGGAAAAAGUACUUGGUGGUGAUCAAAUACAAAAUAAACGUGCACAAAUUCUAAUGCAAUAUGAAUCAAAUCGUUAUCAUAAAUUGACAGUUGAUGAACAAAUUGAUUGUAUUAUUGAUCAAGCAACUGAUGUUGAUAUACUUGGUCGAUCCUGGGCGGGUUUAGAAACAUUUAUGUAA